UAUUCGUUCGUGUCGAGGUCGAAUCCCAGAGAACCACCGCCACGCGUUAAACGCGUUCACGGGCUCUUGUGUGUUUGUUAACAGUCGGUGUCGGAUAGUACCUGCGACGAUAACGUACCGUGCACGCACUGUGCAUAAUAAUAUUGUUACUUUUUCGAUAUAUUAUCAACAUUAUUACUGCUACUAUCACGACUAUUGUUAUUAUCAUCAACCGGUCGAGUUGUAUUGUAAACGCGUGUGCAGAAUUUGCCAAGAGAUAACAACAUGGCGGCCCGCACCGGCGAUUGCCAACAAUAAAGUGUUACUAUUGUAAUUAUAAUAAUAUUAUAAAUACAGUCCACACGAUGACCGUUAUCAAUUUCAAACCCACCGAAGCCGUGGCCGAGCAGGACAAACAACAGACCACCGGCGAGCACUUGCUGCUGGGAAGAGUUUUGGCAGAAUUCGAUGGAAACACAGUGCUGUGCCGAGUUUGCGGCGACCGAGCUUCCGGUUUCCAUUACGGCGUACACUCUUGCGAAGGAUGCAAAGGUUUCUUCCGGCGGAGCAUCCAGCAGAAGAUCCAGUACCGGCCGUGCACGAAAAACCAACAGUGCAACAUCCUCCGGAUCAACAGGAACCGGUGCCAGUACUGCCGCCUGCGCAAGUGCAUCAGCGUCGGCAUGAGUCGAGAUGCUGUACGAUUCGGCCGAGUGCCCAAGAGGGAAAAGGCCCGCAUACUGGCGGCCAUGCAGCAGAGCAGCAACUCAAAGUGCCAGGAAAAAGCGGCCGUCGCCGAACUCGAAGACGACCAGAGGCUGGUUGCCAGCGUGGUCAGAGCCCAUCUGGAAACGUGCGACUUUACGUCGGACAAGGUGGCGCCCACCCUGGCCAGGGCCCGCGAACAACCCAACUACACCCUGUGCCAUCCAACACUGGCUUGCCCGUUGAACCCCAGCCCGCAACCCGUCACUGGACAACAAGAACUGUUGAACGACUUCUCGAAGCGAUUCUCGCCGGCCAUCCGCGGCGUGGUCGAGUUCGCCAAGCGCAUACCCGGUUUCGGUUUGCUCGCCCAAGACGACCAGGUGACGCUGCUCAAGGCCGGCGUUUUCGAAGUGCUGCUCGUCCGCCUGGCCUGCAUGUUCGACUCUGAGUGCAACAGCAUGGUCACGCUCAACGGCCAAGUGUUGCGCAGGGAAUCGGUUUGCGCGUACUCCAACGCCAGAUUCCUGACCGAUUCCAUGUUUGAAUUCGCCGAAAGGCUCAACGCCAUGCAACUGAACGAUUCCGAAAUCGGGCUGUUCAACGCCGUCAUAGUGAUCGCCGCCGACCGUCCGGGUCUGCGCAACGUCGAGUUCAUCGAGCGCAUGCACAACAAAUUGAAGUGCGCGCUGCAGUCGGUGCUCAUGCAAAACCAUCCAGACCGUCCGGGCUUAUGCCAAGAACUGUUGAAAAAGAUCCCGGAUCUGAGGACGUUGAACACGCUGCACUCCGAGAAACUGUUGGCAUUCAAGAUGACCGAACAGCAAAACCAAAUGCAAGAACAGCAAGAGAACCAACACGCCCGGCAGUCCGUUUGGGGAAUGGUCAUGAACGGCGAAGACUUUAACCGCAAGAGCCCGGAAGAGGCGGGCUCGUCGACGUGGUCCGACGAAACCACCAUGGAAGACAUGAAGAGCUUAGUCAUGCUGGACGAAGUCAAGAGCCCGUUGGGUUCGGUGUCCAGCACGGAGUCUGUGUGCUCAGACGAGUACAACGGCCACCACCACCACCACCAUGGCCACCAACAGCAGCAGCAGCACCACGGACCGAGCAAGCACGCGGCCAGCGCACCGCUGUUGGCCGCUACGCUAGCCGGCGCCGUUUGCCCGAUCAGACACCACCCGGCCGCGCCGUCCGACGAACACCUGCAUCAGGUGAUCGUCCGGCCCAUGUCGUGCCGGUACCAACGCAAACAAGACUCGCCCACCGACUCCGGCAUCGAGUCCGGCACGGAAAAGUUGGACAAACAGACGCCUCACAGCGCGCCCACUUCGGUGUGCUCGAGCCCUCGAUCCACGGUCGAGGACGUCAACGCCGACUCGCACCCUACCAUCGAGGACAUGCCCGUGCUGAAGCGCGUGUUGCAAGCGCCACCGUUGUACGAUACCAACUCGCUAAUGGACGAGGCGUACAAACCGCACAAAAAGUUCCGAGCCCUGCGCAGUGCCAAGGAUUCGGCCGAAGCGGAAGCCGUCAAGCCGGUCACCGCCGCCGUCCAAUCGCCGCAGUUGCACCACCACCUUACCUCGUCGCUGUCGAGCACCCACUCGACGCUGGCUAAAUCGUUGCGCGAGACUCCCAAGAUGACCGCGGAACAAAUCAAACGCACCGAAGUCAUACACAACUUCAUCAUGCGCGAGGACGCUUCGUACCAGCCGCCGGCCGCCACCGCGCACACCAACAAUUGCCGGUGGCAGCCCACGCCGGUCAUCACGUCCGCGUUGGCCCAGCACAGACUGUCGCCCACCGGUGGCGUGCUGGCCCGCGUCCUCUCGCCGCACUCGUCGAGAUCUCCGCCGCCGGCCUCUCACUCGCCGGCGUCCACAACGAUGCGGCGCACGCCCUCUCCCAGCGUGGUCAACCUGCAGGUAGGCAUCACCAACGCCGCCGCAGCCGCCGCCGCGUCGUCCGCGCAGCCGUUGAACCUGUCCAAAAAACUGUCCCCCUCGUCGCCGGCGUCCGCGGCCGGCACGCCGCCGCCAGUGAUGGCUAUGGAAGCCUGAACACUGUUCUUCGCCGCCCGUCGACAAUGAUGGACCGCCGCCGCAUCGACUCGAUCUCACGAGAACACUCUCUAGACCAAAACACAAUAUAAAAAAAAAAAAAAAAAUUGGGGUUUCUGCGUAAACCAACAGGUGCGGUGAUCGUUUUCCUAUUUUUAUUUUUAUUUUUUUGUUUUAAUUUUGUGGCAAUAUAAUAAUAUUAUUAUGUAUAUAUAGAUAUAUGUAUAAUAUAUAUAUAUAGAUAUAUAUAUAUACAUAUUAUUUACAACUCUUAUGUGUUUGUAUAUAUAAAUAUAGUGAUUAUUAUUAUUAUUAAUUAUUUUAGCGUUAAUAUUAAGUUUUAUCUCUCUCUCUCUUUCUUUUCCUAUCUCUCCCCUUCAUUAAAUCUAUCACUUUCACUCUCUCUCUCUGCCUGAAUGUCCGACUCUUCUUUUUUUUAUCACUAUCGGCAUAAAAAACAACGUUGUGAGAUAGUUAAAAAAAAUGUAAAAAAAAAAAAAUAAAA